UCCGGCUCAGGUCUCCUACCUCGAGCUGUACAGCGAGCGGUAGCGUUGGAGCCGAGUGGAGCUGGUCAGGAUGAUCACGGACUUGCAGCUCGCCUUCUUCGCCAACAUGCUGGGCGUGUCGCUUUUCUUGCUUGUGGUUCUCUAUCACUACGUGGCAGUCAACAAUCCCAAGAAGCAGGAAUGAAAGUAGCGCUUUCUCCACCCCAGGGUUCCAGGACAUAGUCUGAGGCAAGAUGGAGGGUGUGCAGGGCCUUCACACGUCACUGCAUCCCUCCUACCCAUCACAGCAUACAAAGCAACUACACCUGGAUUUUUCCAAACAACUUUUAUUUCCUCAAAGUCUUCCUUAACUCUAUGGAACAAGAAGCUGCCACUGAAUAGGGCCCAGUAUAGGGGCUGCUUUCUUUUCUAUUCCCU